AUGAGUUCAAUACAAGAUUAUAGUGCUUCGGAAAUUCAACAAGAUGUUGCGGAAUUUAUAUCAAAUUUUGAAGAUUAUGGAAUCGAUGAUAUUAAUGCGCCAGCCAACAACAUGUUUGAAAGCCAUAUUCAAGCGGAAUUUCUAGAUCAACCUUAUAAUGAUUAUUCGGAAACUGGUAUUAAUGCGUCAGCCAACAACAUGUUUGAAAGCCAUAUUCAAGCGGAAUUUCUAGAUCAAGCUUAUAAUGAUUAUUCGGAAACUGGUAUUAAUGCGCCAGCCAACAACAUGUUUGAAAGCCAUAUUCAAGCUGUGGAAUCGAUAAAUCAAAAUCAGUAUCCAACUUUUCAUUCGCAUUCUUCGGAAGCUUCUGUACUCUAUGAUAAUACAGAUAUCAACAUGUCUGAUAAUUAUGGAAGCCUUAUUCAAGAACUAAAUGAACUACCCAAUAUUCUAAUGUCAACAUAUGUGAACAAUUUUCAUGUGACACUUACAACUUCAAACAACAUGUCUGAUUAUCAAGGCUUUGACGCUAAUACCAAAUCUUAUAGAAAUGGAAGUUCCCAAUCUAGCGAAAGUUGUGGAGGAGCUGAAGUAACAGAGAAUAAAUCUCCAUAUUCUGGUUCCUCUGAUACCACUGUACCAGCAUCCUCUCCAAAUCAAGCGAUGGAAUUUUCUUCAUUCCCAUUUUCGAAUUCCUCAUUUAUUCCGGAAGUUUCUGGAUCCUCUACCAACACAUCGACUUUUCAGAAUUCCUCUCCAAAUCAAGCUUCUGCUUCCUCUGAUACCAUUGCGCUAAAUACCAACACUUCUUAUUGUCAGGUACAUUCUCCAAAUAAUAAGAAUUUUAGUACUACUAUCACACCUGUAAGUUCUCAACUUGACAAGAGUUGUAAAGAAACCCAACUAUGGAAGAAAGGUGCCACUAAAUCCUUACUAUCAUGCUUAAAAGAAAAGAAAAAAGAUGUUCAAUUAUUAGUAAGUCGUGGUAAAGUAGCUAAAAAAGUUGGAAAACCGCUCUGGAAAAGGGUCUCCAUUUGGCUUAAAAACGAUCAGUACAAUAUUACUGAAACCCAGUGUAAGCUUAAGUUGAAAAGUAUUAAACGAGAUCGUAAGCAAACUUUAAGUAUAAGCCUUGAUGAAAUUCUUCGAAAAAUUAGAUCAAGUCUAACUCCAAAGAUUUUACGUAUUUAA